AAAUCUAAACCCGCCUUUCCAUUUAUUUUCUUCGGGCAAAGGAGAAGGGGGGAAAACGAAGGCUGGGGAGGGCGAGGCCGGGGCGGCGGCGAGCAUCUCAGCGGAAGGCAACUGCGCAGGGGCGCUACGAUGCCCGUAACAAGGAGGCGCGCCGCGGCGGUGGUGGUGGCGGCGGAGGCGGAGGCGGAAGAGGGCGCCGCGGCGAUCGACAUCUCCUCUGAUUCCGAUGCUGAAUCGGCGGAGUCGGAAUCGGAAUCGGAGCAGGAGGAGGCGGAGGCCAGCAGCGACGAGGACUACGUCGACAUCAGUGACAGCGACGAGGACUGCGCCGACAUCAGCGACAGCGACGCCGACGAUGAAGAAAGGAGCCGCGAGGGGAACGAGAGGGAAGGGGAAGGGGAGGCGGGCCACCAAUCCGGCGUGGAUCGAAGCGAGGCUGCCUGCAGCAAAAUUACCGGUCUCCUCCGCCGAGGAAGAAGUCUGGAUGGGAUUAAGUUGGUGGAGUGCAAGGCCUACCUAAAGAAGAAUGGUCUUAGCCAGAUUGGGGACAUGUCAACUUGUGUAGAAAGAAUAACGCUGCAUUGGAGGUUCAGAGAUGGGGAUCCGGAGAAAAUUUAUCCACGGUCAUCUUUUUGUAUUAACUGUAAAGGUGAUGUCUGUAGAGGUGACACCGUCUUAUUCAAACAAAAGGUUUACGAGAAGAGUGGCAAAAGGCACUCAAAAUGUAUAGGGAAGCGAAUAGUGGCUGGGAAGGUUUUUAAGGAGAGCUAUGGUAAAGAGAAGCAGCAGCACACUUUUACUAUUCAAGUAUUCUGGAGCAAAGGUGUAGGCAAAUUACCACCUUUGUCUCUGCUACUUGUCAAAGGGCGCAACCUGUACAGAAUGAUGACUUUCCGGCAGACUUGGUCAAAUGAAGCGGACAGAGCGAAGGCUGUAGAAGAAAAGCACAGCAGGGGAGACGCUGCAAGACGUGUCCGUGCUUUGAAUAGACCUAAUUCUGGAGUAAAUGCAGUUCUUAAGGGCAAGAAAUACAUGGACAAAGGAAAAUAUCAGUCUCAACCUGGAUUGCUCGAUGGUGGGUCCAGGAUCACCAAGGCCAAAAAACGUGUUAUGCAAUCCUCCGGUACUGAUCUUCCUAACAAAAAAUCUAGAAAAGAAGAACACCCAGCAUCUUCUGGAAAAAAUCGCACUGCUGGUGGUCGGAAGGCAAAGACAAACUGUACACCCCUGGAUAAGAACAUUGGCACCAGCAAUAGCAGCUCUCUAUGCAACAACAGGGAUACAAAUCAUGUUAUUCUGCAGAAAAACAGCCAUGUAGCACCCGUCGACAGUAUUCCGCGUAGCACGGAACUGAGGGCGAGUAAAAGAAAAACUGGUUCCAAGAAGAAAAAAACUGCUGGGGGCAGCCAUGCUCAAUUUGAAGAAAGUACUGUAAGUUCAGCUUCCCAUACGCAGGCAUAUCAUAGAAAUUUAGUUGGAAUACAUCAGCCUUUCUUUCAGAGGCCCCAGCGGCCACCUCCAUUGCACGAAGUUGGCAACUUCUGGCAACCUCGUAUGUAGGGCAGAUCAAUAGCAUGCCCAAACCCUACAAUGGCUUUCCAACAUCCAAGUUUAUCACUCCCUGGCUGGCGUCCACCUGCUUAUCUUAGGGAACCUCCACCUGAUCGACUUCGAGCGGUAUUUCCACCACUCAACAUGUCGCAAAUCAUGUACCGCACUCAUCAACAUGUGAUGCCACAAUUCAGAUAUUCUGGUGGUAGCAAUAAUUUUCCUCGAUAGGGCGGUUUGGCAGAUGCGAGUUGCAUUGUUGAAGAGUGCAUCUUUGGUCAGAGGUCAGACAUGUGAAAAUUCCUGCUUUCUCUUGCUAAAUGUCAUUUUAUCAUUGUUCAUUGAGCGUCACUUCAUAAGGUACCAACUGAAGCCUUGUGUAUUUUGUGUCUUCGUGUUUUUGCGACUGGUGGAAAGAAGGUACCGAUAACAUUCAACGUGCUCACACAGAAUCGCCAUGGACAUGAGGACAUUACAAGAUAUGCGUAUGAUUGGCUAGAAAACAGUACCAAUGCUUCAUGUGCAACUGGAAGACUGGAGGUGCGCACAAGGAAUCAAGAAUGCUUGGCAACACGCCAAGACGUCAAUCUAUGCUGAGUGGGCUCUUAAACAGAGUUUUCUAUCCUGCAAGAUCUGUUCUGAAACAUCAUAUUGUGUGUGAGCUGAGAAGAAUUGAAAACGAUACCCAAAUUGUUUACGAACUCCAGUAUCUUCAAGUGAGUACGACCUUCCGCCUAAUAAAAAACAUCGUAGCGUUUUCAGUUCAGUAA